AUGACAGCGCAAUGGACUAAACGGACAGUGUUAAAAUUCACGCCUAUCAGCUUACUGCUUUUGCUAUUUCCAGUAGCUGCUGCAACUGGCCUUUCAACCGGGCUCACAUAUUUUACUCGGAGAGCUUAUGAUACUACUGAGACAAAUAAAGAUCAUGGUGAUGAUGAUAACUCACCUUCUGCACGACAACUGCGUCUUCCAAGGAACAUAGAGCCGUUAUUGUAUGAUCUGAGCAUCAAAACGUAUCUGCCGAAUUACGUGGACUUCCCACCCGAGAAGAAUCUCACAUUUGAUGGACAAGUAGGAAUCUCUUUGAGGGUGCUCGAACCUACCAAAAGUAUUGUGCUCAACGCAAAGAAUAUCACGGUGAUACCGAAGAAAUGCGAACUGCUCCUGAAGGAUCAAAAGGUCCUGCUGAAGGUUGGAAAUUUUUCAAAACGUUCUCACCUUACUAAUUACUAUCUACUAUUUCAAUUAUGCUGUUUAUUACGUAACAUUAAGAUAAUUUAUACGGGUCUCAUUAGCAACACACUUUUCGGACUUUAUCAAGCCACCUAUACAGACGCGGAUGGAACCGUCAAGAUUGCUGCAGCAACUCAUAUGGAACCGACAGCCGCUCGUCGUAUGGUACCAUGCUUAGAUGAACCAAGUUUCAAAGCCAAUUGGACUGUGACUGUCAUACAUCCAAAAGGGACAAAAGCUGUGUCGAACGGCAUCGAAACAAAUGGAAAAGGAGAAGUCAGUGGUGACUGGAUUAUAUCGAAGUUUGAGACAACUCCACGGAUGUCUUCCUAUUUGUUGGCUGUAGUUGUUUCAGAAUUUGAUUACAUUGAAGGAUUUACAAAAACUGGUGUUCGGUUCCGAAUAUGGUCACGACCAGAGGCAAAAAAUAUGACAGAAUAUGCAAGGGAUGCUGGCAUAAGAUGUUUGGAGUUCUACGAAAACUUCUUCGAUAUCAAAUUCCCUCUUAAAAAACAAGAUAUGGUUGCUCUUCCUGAUUUCUCUUUUGGCGCUAUGGAAAAUUGGGGUCUCAUCACAUACAGAGAAAACCGACUGUUGUAUGAUGAUAGAUACUAUGGACCGAUCAACAAGCAACUGGUUGCCCUCAUCGUGGCUCAUGAGCUUGCCCAUCAGUGGUUUGGCAAUUUGGUCACGCUGACAUGGUGGGACAAUCUGUGGCUAAACGAAGGAUUCGCAAGACUUGUUGAAUACAUUGGAACAGAUGAGGUUAACAAUAAAACCAUCAGGAUGGGCGACUUUUUCCUACCGAAUGUGCUUGCAAAAGCUUUGGAUGCUGAUGCGGUAUCUUCAACCCAUCCGCUCUCGUUUAGAAUUGACAAAGCUGCAGAAGUUGUUGAAGCCUUUGAUAAAAUUACAUAUGAAAAAGGAGCGUCCGUUGUGGAAAUGCUACGGGCUGUAAUUGGAAAGAAAAACUUCAAGCAAGCUGUUACGCAAUACCUGAAGAAGUUCUCAUACCGCAACGCCCAAGCUUCUGACCUCUGGAACGUUUUUGACAAGGUUGUCAAAGACGUCAGCGGCCCGGACGGCAACGUCAUGAAAACCACCAAAUUUGCACCUCAGUGGACUACACAGUUGGGAUUUCCUCUGGUUACUGUGAAAGAUUUCAACGGAACUUCUGUGAAAAUAGCUCAAACUCGUUACAAGGCGAAUAAAGGCGCCCUGGAGCCAGAGAAGUAUCGCCAUCCAAAAUACGGAUUCAAGUGGGAUAUUCCUCUGUGGUAUCAGGAAGGCGAUAACAAUUGUAUAAAGUUUGCAUGGUUGACUAGAGAAAAACCGCUCUAUUUGCACAUUACCAACCCUAACACUUCCAUUGUGGUGAAUGCGAAUCGCCAUGGAUUUUAUCGACAAAACUAUGAUGCGGACGGUUGGCAAAAGAUCAUCAAACAGCUCAAGAAAAAUCAUAAGGCAUACAGUGCAAGGACGAGAAAUGCGAUUAUAGGUGAUGCUUUUGCAGCGGCUCUGAUUGACGAACUCGAGUACGCAACUGUAUUUAAACUGCUUGAGUACGCUAAGAAUGAAGAGGAAUAUUUGCCAUGGACAGAGACAAUAUCUGGUUUUUAUGCCAUCUUAGACUUCUUCGGGAAUGAGCCGGAGUCGACAUCGGCUAAAGUCUUCAUGAUGAAUAUACUGAAACCGAUGUAUGAGAAAGCCAGCAUGAAAUAUAUCGCCGACAACUACAAAAACGACUCGCUAUUCUUUGAAGUAAACCUCCAAACAUCUAUUAUCGAUGCCUAUUGCUUCCUUGGAGCUAGGAAAUGUAUCAAAAAUUACACAGAUUUGUUUUAUAAAGAAGUUAUGAAGAAAUGUAAAGACGGUGACAAAGCAAGCAAAUGUGUCAGAAAAUGUUCAAGUGGAGAAAGAAACGCUACUUCAAGGAUCAGGAUGUCACAGAGAUAUUACAGCAUUGAAGAGCUAAGGAGCCUUCAGAGAAAUGGUGCACAUGCUCGAGAGUAUGGAGCAUUCAACGAACAAAUCGAACGAGCGGAACAUAAAAUCAACUGGAUCAAGAAACAUAUGCGAAAAUUGUCGGAUUUCUUUAAAAAAUCUACUUAA